AUGGGACAUCGAAGGUGUACCGAUUCUGAGAUACAAAACCUUUUAGAAGAUACAGAUUUUGCUGAUACAGAUUCAGACAGUGAUGAAGACAGCAGUAGUGAUAAUUCUGAUGACAGUCAGCAUGGACAAGGGGACAAUGACACGGAAAUUUUAAAAAGUUGGAAUAUGCUUGAAGAUCAUGCAUUCAAAUGGGAGCAUAUAAAGAAUUAUCAUAGUAAGAGAGAAGUUUUUACAGGCAAUCCUGGCCCUUGUAACGAGGCGGUCGGAGUGAUAAAGGUGGUGGAAUCAUUUGAAAUAUUUUCUUCUCCCCAUUUUGUACAAAUACUUGUCACUGAAACAAAUCAGUAUGCAGAGCAAGAAGCAUCACAACGACAAUUUUUGAAAGGAAAAGUAAAACUGUGGACGGACGUUACAGUCGCCGAAAUGUACACGUAUCUUGGAGUAUUGAUGCUCAUGAGUUUUAUUCAGAAACCAACGAUCAAAAUGUUUUUAGCAAAGAAACGGCUUCUCUCUACACCAGGCUUCAAUGAUAUAAUGUCAAGAAAUAGAUUUGAGUUCAUAAAUAAAUAUUUACAUUUCAUUGAUAAUUCUACACGAUCCUCGUACACUGGACCACCUCAGCUGUUCAAAAUCCACCCAGUGAUUGAACACUUGCAGGAAAAAUUCAGGAAUUCAUAUCUUCCUGAUCAGAAGAUUGCGAUAGAUGAAUCACUCACUCUGUGGAAAGAUCGGUUGUCAAUAAAGCAAUUUUUACCCUUGAAAUCUGCAAAAUUUGGGGUCAAGUGGUAUCAGUUAUGCGAGUCAACCACUGGAUAUCUGUGGAAUUUCGUCAUGUAUUUAGGGAAAGAUACUGAUAUGGAAUGUGCUCCAUGCACACGGGAUACUCCUAAGACUUCUGCAAUUGUAUUGAAACUGAUGGAACCAUUAUUGGGACAGGGGUACACCUUAUGGAUGGAUAAUUUCUACAACAGCCCUGCUCUAGCUUUUUUUUUGAAGUCACAUGAAAUUGAUUGUGUGGGUACUUUGAGACUGAAUCGAAAAAAUGUUCCCGUUGUUGUAAAAGAAAAGAAAAUAAAGAAGGGAGAGAUUGUGGCUCAACAUUGUGAUGCUGUGACUGUGAUGAGAUGGAGUGACAAGAAGAUGGUAUCGAUGAUUUCUACAUAUCACGAUGAUGCAAUGACGACUUCACUGAAUAAGAGAAAGCAAGAAACUAUAAAACGAAACUAUGUAAUUGCUCUCAUUGAAGGUAUUCUCGCUAAAUAUCACAGGAGAGUGGAAUCGUCACACAGCAUGUCAGAUGUUACGGAUCUGAGGCGAUUGAGUGAGAGACACUUUAUUAAAAAAGUGCCUCGUAAUGAUGGAAAAGCACAACUGCAAAGGCGAUGUGUUGUUUGCACGAGACAUGAUAAAAAGAAAACAACGGUUUAUUGGUGCGAUGUCUGUAGUGUGGGACUCUUCAUUCAGGAUUGUUUCGAAAUUUAUCAUACCAAAGAAAAUUUUUGA